AUGUCCGGCCUCUGCCAGCAGCAACAACAGCAACAAGAGCUGUGGCUGAGCCUUUUGGGCGCUGGAUUGCCGUUGGCAUUCCAGAAUAUCCCCUCGUUCCCCACACCCUCAUCCGAACGGGCCGCCUCCGAUUCGACGGCUUCUGAUGCCGGCGCCGAGUCGCCCGACACCGCCCAGGGAACCCCAACGGCCACCCCGACCACUGAUGACACCGGCCCACCACCCGCAAAACGGAGGAGAAAACCGGAAGCCAAGGACAUUGUACGCCUUCAAGACGACGUCAUCCCGCAGCUGACCCCGGUGCAGGAGGGAGUAGGAUCCGUGGAAGAGGCCGUCGUGGUCGAGCAGACCACACCGGAGAAGUGCGACAUUUUGGGCGAGUUGGAGCGAAGCCCCUCACCGGCCCAAACCCCGACGAGCCGUUCCGAUUCCCCGACGCACCCAUCGACACCCUCCGCGCGCGGAAUGGAGCUGCCUGCCGGAGUCUUGCCGACCUUCUCCCCUCCGCCCGCCAACCUGUCCCCAUCAGCCAUCCCGAAUUGGACCCGAAAUCGAGGCUCCGACGCGAAUAAACUGUCGUGUCCGACACCCGGGUGCGAUGGGAGUGGCCAUCAGACGGGACUGUACACCCACCACCGAUCGUUGUCUGGAUGCCCGCGUCGCCCGGACAAGAAUACGAUACAGCUACUCGCCCUCGGCCAAGACACCGUACUCCGUUGCCAAACGCCCGGCUGUACAGGAAAGGGACAUGUCAAUAGCAAUCGAACAUCCCAUCGCUCCCUCUCCGGAUGCCCCAUCGCCUACCAGCAAAAGUUGGCCCGAAAGGGCAUCAAGUUCAACUCCGACCCCGAGAGCCCGCUGGACCUGACGCUCCGAAACUUGGAGCAGCUUCAGAAAUCGAUGCAACCGCCCGAGCCUCAGCCACAGCUGCAUAACAGCAUAUUCCUCGACAUGCUGCAACAAUUCCAAAUGGGCCGUCUUCCCCCAUUCCUGCCAACCCAGCCCGCAUUCCCACCGGGACUCCUCGGAAACCCAUUCCUCCAGCUCGGCAUGAUGCCAAAUUUUGAGGCACCCCGACUCGCAGCCCCCAAGCAAAUCUCGCCGAUCAGCCCUGCCCCUGCAGUGGCUGAACAGACCGUCAAGGAAGAGCCGACCGAACAGCCCCAAGAAGCCCCCAUCGACGUCGACGAGGAAAAGCCCUCGUCCGCCGAGCCGACCCAACCAAGGCCCGAGCCCCAAGCACAAUCCCCCGCUGAGCAGGAGAAGCUGCCCGAGCUUCCGCCCCUGUUUGCCGGCCGCAUGUUUGGUAGCCCUCUUCAACUCGCCCAGCUGUUGGCACAAUUCCAGCAAGCGCAACCCAUG